UGUGGAGGAAGUCACCAUUUUUUUUUCAGUGUAACUAAUAAAUUUAACGAAGUCGGAGAGGUGUUUUGUCCGUCGAAAAUCUCAUAAACAAUUUCAAAAAGUAGACCGAAAAGUUGCAAGAGUGAAAUUAAAAUCGAAACUGAAAUAAUGAAUACCAUGGCAUUUAGUUGGAUCGUAGCAUUAUCAAUCGUCGCUGGAUGCGCUGCACAAGGAAGCCUUCCAGUGUUAGAUAGUUGCAUCUUGUGCAGCUCUCGUACGAAUAUUACUUGCGCUACUGACCCCGAUGGGAACCAUCGAUCGGCAUGUGAGACCGUUCCGGUACUGUCUGGAUGUUAUACCCGAAUUUUGGACGGAUUCACAUUACGUGGAUGUACGUCUGAUCUGGACGCUGAUGUACUGGCCGCCUGUCAGAAUGAUAGCGAACUGUGUUCCAUCUGCGUGGGAGAAUCGAAUGUCGCCACACAUGGAUGCAACAACUUGAUUUUCCCGGCGCAUAGACAUCAUUGCCAUCAGUGCCAUGGCGCCGUAAACGGAACCUGUGGCGGAAUUCCAUUGGGAGUGGCAACACCGUGUGAAAUGUUUGAUGCCAACGAUCGUUGUUACAUUUUGCGUACUAAUACUACCAUCACCCGUGGAUGUAUGAGCAACCGUGGAACAAAUUGCGAUAAUCCGGAACAUUGUCACAUUUGUGAGAUCACCGGAUGCAACAACUUGAUUGGCGAUUCGGUACCAAUAGCACCUGGCUCAGCAGUCACAAACACAGUGUCUAUGGUCACGUUAUCGACAGCAUUUAUUUUCGCAUUGGCAAAGUUCAUUUAAAUUCUAAGUUUUCCGUUUUGUUCAUUUCGUAUUAUUCAUUUAGGAUUGUAGUAGGAAGUUUCUCAGCAGUUUCAAUCGAUCGAUCGGUAAAAACAAAACAAAACAAAAAUCUACAAUCGAAAAGCAAAGCUUUUCACGU